GGAAAAGGUGUUUGGAAUUGGAGUUUAGAAUGGGGGUUUUGGCUGUGGUGUGGGGGGAGACGUGGAAGCUGGAGAAAUCGAUUCCGACCUAAUAAUCAUUCCACCCUGUUUCGGCAAUGGGGAAGAUGAUCGUUCGAAGCGCUGCCGGCGGUGGGAAGCUGAUGGAGACGCUCCCCCAAGGACUAGUCCUGGAGAUCAUGGGGAGGCUCGACUUGGAGUCUCUCUGUUCCUUGGCUCCCGUCUGCAAAGCUCUCCGCUGCUCGGUCUCUCAGUCGUUCUCGUCUAUCUCUACCCUCGAUCUCUCCGAUUUGUCUCCCACCACCUGGGUUCUUAAUAGAAUCCUCAGCAAUAAUAAAGUCCUCAAAACUCUUAUUCUUGAUUGUAGACGGCUUGAUGAUUAUUCAGUCGAAGUCUUCGCCAAAGAAAGUAUCCAAGAACUUGUUCUGUUGAGGUGCUUCAUGUUUUCUUCUUUUGUUUUUACUGCUAUAGCAGAGAAAUGUCCCAAAAUAAGGAUGUUCACAGUUGAAAUGAGACAAGCCAAUGAACAUGAAUCAGCUGGUUCCUGCCAUAAGGCCAUAGGACAGAUGCUUGAUAGGUGCUUGUACUUGGAGUCUGUGAGUAUAAAAUUCCAUGCUGACUAUUCUCAUUCCGGUAAUAUUUCUUCCAUCCAACUGACCCUCCCCAAAAAUGUCAAAGCAUUGCUGUUGCAGCCUAUAUCGGAUUGGCAAGCAAAGGUGCUUAUCCAGAACAUUGGAGUUGAUGGAGGAUCACAUUCAUCCUUAGCUGGUGUUGGCAUAUCCUCUUUCGAGCCCAUGUUUCAUUGGCUGCAGUCAUUAUCUCUUGUUUUAAAUAAUAUAACAGAUGAACUUAUCUUCAACAUCACGAAUAAUCUUCACCAAUUGGUUGAGCUAUGCCUUGAAGACAAUCCACCAGAGGAGCCUUCUUUGAUGAAUGACCUAACCAACGGCGGACUUCAGUCACUUGGCACUUUUAGGAAUUUGAUUGGUCUAUCUCUUUCGCGUAAUAGGAGUUCACUGACCACUUUCAAAAGGGUAAAUGAUAUUGGUAUUCUUGUACUUGCUGAAGGAUGUAAAAGACUUGAAUCAGUAAGACUUGGUGGGUUCUCUAAAGUUACUGAUGCUGGCUAUGUUUCUAUUCUUCAUUCUUGCAAGAAUCUGAAGAGACUUCAAAUUGUGAAUGCUUUUUUCUUGUCGGAUUUGGCAUUUCAUGAUCUUGCUGAUGCUCCAAACUCCCUUGUCGAGGUGAGAUUGAUUUCGUGCAAUCUUAUUACUGGUGAAACUGCAGAGUCUCUUUCUGUAUGCAGAAAUUUACAAGUGUUGGACUUCUCUGGCUGCAAAAGCAUUGCAGAUAUUGGGCUGAACUCAAUAUCUAGACUGUCUAAGCUGACUACAUUGGAUCUUUGUGGAGCUGACAUUACUGAUAGUGGCUUGUCAGCUCUUGGUGGUGGGAGUUCCCCAAUUGUGUCUUUGUGUCUUAGGGGUUGCAAAAGGAUCACUGAUAGGGGCAUAGUUAUGAUGCUGCAUGGUGAUGGUGUUCUUGGUAACACGUUGUUAACACUUGAUUUGGGUUACCUUCCUGGAGUAUCAGACACAGCUGUGGUUGCAGUUGCAAAAGUUUGCAGGCAAAUCAUCAACCUAUGUAUCAGAAACUGUUUUGCUGUCACCGACACAUCUAUCUCUGCUUUGGGUUCACCCGAAAGAUCUGAAGGAAAAAGAUCACUCAGAAAACUUGACUUGUAUAACUGUUGUGGGUUGUCCGCUGUUUCAUUCAGGUUGCUGAGGGGUCCUUUUUUUUGUGGUCUCCGAUGGCUUGGUGUUGGAAGCACCAAGUUAUUGGCGGACGGCAAGUAUAGAUUCAUAGAACUUGGUAUUGAAAGACCUGGGCUAAGCAUAUGUAUUAGUGGCUGUGAGAUUGGCUGCAAGGAUGGCUGGCAAUGCCAUGAAUGUAUCUGACAUAAAGGUGUUGUAAAGAUUAACUUGUCUAAUUGUUACUGCUUGUACUGCUGGCAAAAAUGUUAGAUAAAUUAUUGGGUUUUACAUUACAGCUUCA